UUGCUCUGCGAAAAUUGAAAAACCCUAAUGCGAGAGAGAGUGUGAGUGAGAGAAUCAAUCGAGAAAAGCAUGACGAUCCAUUCGAUCGUGAUUCAGAAGCUGCUGAGCACGAAUGCCCAGUUGGGUCGGCGAGUUGCAGCUCAUCAUUUCAAGGUGUACACGUAUGGCUUCCGCAACAAAAUGGCCAUAAUCGAUUCGGACAAGACAUUGAUAUGCAUGCGCAGCGCGUGCAACUUCAUGGCUUCGCUGGCACGGCAAAAAGGCAGGUUCAUGUUCAUCAACACGAACCCUCUGUUGGACGAUAUCUUCGAGCUGAUGACAAAGAAGGUUGGGUGCUAUAGCCGCUCUGCGAAUGUUCUGUGGCGCACCGGUGGGUUCUUGACGAACAGCAACAGCCCAAAGAAGUUCAGGUCUCGCCACAAGAAGCUCUACUUUGGUCCCACACAGCCACCCGAUUGUAUUGUUAUUGUUGAUACUGAGCGCAAGUCUUCCGUCAUCAAUGAAGCUUUUAAACUUCAAAUUCCCAUUGUCGCUUUGGUUGACUCUAGCACGCCCCUCGAUAUUUACAAGCGUAUUGCUUAUCCUAUUCCCGCCAAUGAUUCUGUCCAAUUUGUUUAUUUGUUCUGUAAUUUGAUUACCAAAACCUUGCUGCUUGAGCAGAACAAGUUGCAGCUCUCUGCUACUGCCACUCCCGAUAUUCAUGCUGCUCGAGAAGAAGCUCCACAAACUGAAGAAAGCAUGAGCAAAAAUGAUUUGGCCAAGUUGAACGUAACUGUUCUCCCCUAUGCUAAUUUAGCGCCCUUACCUAAAGAUAUAGAAGAAACUAAGAAGCAUUUGGAUAAGCUUGUUGUUUUGAAGUUCAAUGGUACCCCAGGAAGAAAUAUGGGUUUCGAAGGUCCCAAAUCUGCCAUUGAUAUUUGCGAUGGGCUGACAUUUCUGGACUUGAUCAUAAACCAGAUUGAGAUCCUCAACUCCAAGUAUGGGUGCAAGGUUCCAUUGCUUCUUUUUAACAAAGAUGACACUCAUGAUAAUACUCAAAAGGUUUUGGAAAAGUAUUCGAAAUCAGGCAUUGAUGUGCACACUUUUAAGCAGGGUGAAGGUCCAGAGUUGAAGUUAUUGGGUGGACAUUACAGCAUGGAUGAAGUGUAUCCAUUUGACAAUGCUGAUGUGAUCUGUUCACUAAUAACUGGUGGAACCCUUGAUUUAUUAUUGUCACAGGGUAAGGAGUAUAUCCUUGUGUUGAACUCAGACAAUGUGGCUACUGUCAUUGAUCCAAACAUACUAAAUCAUUUGAUGACUAAUGACAUUGGAUAUUGCAUGGAGGUGACACCAAGCCAUUCACUUACACCUAGUUUAAUCUUAACUCCAAUAAAUUUUAGGCUUCACGAGAUUGCUCAAAAUCACAAUAAACAUUUGAAGGAUAAUUUCAAACUCAUCGAUACAACAAACAUGUGGGUAAGUUUAAGAGCUGUUAAGAGGCUUGUUGACGCUGAUAUUCUAGAGCACAAGAAGCCUUCAGUUUCAAAGUUCUUUGAUAAUGUGAUCGGUGUCUCCGUACCAGAGUCCCGUUUUCUUCCCUUGGAUGCAACAUCAGAUUUGCUAAUUCUACAGUCAGAUCUAUACACUUGUAAAGAAGGCGUUUUAACUCGUAAUCCAGCUAGAACUAAUCCUUUAAAUCCUGUUAUAGACUUGGGAGCUGAAUUUGAAAAGGUUGAUGACUUCCAAAGUCGCUUCAGAUCCAUUCCAAGCAUCAUUGAGUUGGAUAGUUUGAUGGUGAGAGGUGAUGUGUGGUUUGGAACUAAUAUUACUUUAAAGGGGCAAGUGACUAUUGUUGCAAAACCUGGCUUGAAGUUGGAAAUUCCGGAUGGGGUGGUAAUUGAGAAUAAGGAGAUCAACGACCCUGUAGAUAUCUGAGGAUGAAUGGUUCAUGGAAGUAUCUGGGAUUUGUUUCCAGCGAAUACAUGAUUGCCGAAGCUUUGAUUUGUAGAGCAAUACAAUUUAGUUGUUACAUUAGCAACCAGCCAUCUUCUAACUUUUCAAUUUGCUGGGAACUAGAAGGUUGCAGAAGCAAAUAAUUUCUCACACAUUUUCUUUCAAGCGUCAUAAUAGUGAGAAAUAAUUGUGUCUAGUCAUUUAUUUGAUUUUGUAACUUUGGCAAGGGUUGAUCUCAUUUAUUUGGGCUGGUCUUUUUUCCUUGAUACUUUAGAAUCACACCAAUUGUUUACAGUACCAAUGAGUUGGAGAAUACGAAGCGGGUAUUUGUUUUCCUCCCAGUUAAUUUAGGGCAU